UUCAAAAUUGGUAGAAAUUUCAACAGCUGUUCAAUAGAGCAUGUGUCGACCAGCGAUAAGUACAUGCACAUUGUCAUUUAGGAAAACCGUCGCUGUAUAGUGAAUCAGACCAGAAAAAUCCAAUAAAUUGUCAGGUAAAAGUGCAAAAACGGGUGUUAUAAACAGAAUUUAAUCAACAGGUCACCCGAGGAACCAAACUCUGAUCGUGGCACCACUAUUCGCCCAUACACCUGGCUUACUGUAUCAACAUGUCGAUGUCAGUGGAAGGGUUACGAGAGCGUUUGAAGAAUAGAAAGGACAUCGUAGUAGCGGAGGGAUAUAUUUUUGAAUUUGAACGGAGAGGAUAUUUAAGAGCAGGGUGUUUCGUUCCGGAGGUUGUGCUCAGUCAUCCGGAUCUGGUCAGGUCUCUACACGAGGAAUUGGUUCACGCAGGAAGUGAAGUAGUUCUUGCAUUUACCUACUACGGGCAUCGCGCUAAGUUGAAAGUGAUUGGUCGCGAAGAUGAGGUCAAAGAACUGAACCUUAAAGCCCUGAAAAUAGCCAAAGAAGUGGCAAUCAAAACCGGAACUUUAAUGGCGGGGAACAUAUGCAACACUACAGUGUAUGAGCGCGGGAACGAUGAAGCUGUGGAGGCUGCCAAAGAAAUGUUCAAGGAACAGAUUCAGUGGGCGGUAGAAUGCGGUGCGGAUUACAUAGUGGCGGAGACAUUCAGUGACUAUGGAGAGGCGGAACUCGCACUCCGGUGUAUUAAAGAAUACGGCAAAGGAUUGCCAGCAGUAGUAUCACUCGUUGCACACAGUAAGGAAGAAACUGUUGAUGGACUCACUUUUCCGGAUGCUUGUAGAAAACUGGAGGAAGCUGGGGCGGAUGUGGUGGGACUAAAUUGUUGUAGAGGUCCAAAAACCAUGAUGCCCUUAAUCAGAGAGAUACGUAAAGUUUGCAAGGGUCCUAUUUGUAUGCUGCCCGUGCCUUACCGCACAACCCCAGAACAGCCUACCAUGCAGUCCCUGAAGGAUGCAGAAACUGAUAAGCAAGCCUUUCCUUUCGACCUUCCCGCCUUCGCUUGCAGUAGAACACAGAUAGCAGAAUUUGCACGAGAAGCAAAGGAAGUUGGUGUUCAAUACAUCGGUCUUUGCUGUGGUAAUGCGUCGCAUUACAUCCGGGUAGUGGCGGAGGAAUAUGGAAGAUACCCCCCUGCAAGCAAAUUUUCCCCUGAUAUGUCGGAGCAUUUCAUCUUUGGUGAUAGAGAGCACGUUAAAGACCACCAUGCCACUUCAUAUCUUCCCAAUAUGUGAAGUAAUAAAAAAAAUUAUAUAUACGUGUCAUAA